AUGGCUACCAACUCAUCAUCCUCUACUUCUGAUAUCAUCAUCUCAUCGUCUUCAUCCUCUCAUCUUCCAAUCACAGCCCAUAAACUGAAUGGGCAAAAUUAUUUGCAAUGGUCUCAGUCCAUAUUAAUGUUUAUACGGGGAAAGGAGAAAGAUGACUACAUCACCGGAGCUUCGGCGGCACCAGAAACCACAGCAUCAACCUACAAAAAGUGGAUAGCAGAAAAUAAUAUGGUCAUGUCCUGGCUAGUCAACUCUAUGACCGCUGACAUUGGUGAAAAUUUUCUGUCAUUUGAUACUGCCAAAGAAAUCUGGGACACUGCAAAAGAAACUUUCUCAGACAAGGAAAACACAUCUGAAAUCAUCCAGAUUGAAGGCAUCCUCCACGAUUUGCGUCAAGGAAACCUUACGGUAACUGAAUAUUUCAAUACUCUUACUCGUCUAUGGCGUCAACUUGAUACGUUUGAGGUUCAUAAUUGGAAUUGUGUUACAGAUGGUUUUUUGUAUAAAAAGAUUGUCGAAGGGAAACGUGUGUUUAAAUUUUUGUUAGGUUUGAACAAAAAUCUUAAUGAAAUUAGAGGAAGAAUCAUGGGAGUAAAACCCCUACCUAGCCUCAGAGAGGCAUUCUCUGAAGUCCGUCGCGAAGAAAUUCGGAAAAAUCUCAUGAUGGGAUCCCAUCAACAACUGAAUAUGGCAGAAAGCUCGGCUCUUAAGACUCAAUUCGCUCCUUUUGACAACCGUCAAAAAAUUAAAGGAGGUAGACCUUGGUGUGAUCAUUGCAGAAAGUCGGGACACUCAAGAGAAACUUGCUGGAAGAUUCAUGGAAAGCCAAUAGAUUGGAAGCCACGUCAACCACUUGAGAAAGAAGGACGAGGCAAUCAUGUGGCUACCGAUGAACAAUCGCCACAACCUGAAGCUAGCCCUUUUAAUAAGGAGCAAAUGGAGAUGCUUCAGAAACUACUGUCUCCUCUUCUGUCAGUACAGUCACAAACUAGCUCAUCUUCCAACCAGGUCAUUGGUUCCGGAACCUUGGCUCACAAAGUCCGAAUAGCAGAUGGUUCACUAUCAAAGGUUGCCGGAACAGGUUCAGCUGUGCUAUCAAGGGAUCUUACUCUCAACUCUGUUCUCCUUGUUCCUAACUUGGACUUCAACAGCAGUCUUAGCACGCAUAAGCUCCUAGUGCAAACCCCCAACCUCAGCCCUAAUGUUAUUGAACUUCUGAAUUUCAGAACGGAGUUGAACCGCCUCAUUUUUCAUGGGCUCCGUUGCCCGCAGAUCAGCUUCAAGCUUCAAACCUUUCUCAAUAAGCUUCCUAGAAUUGGAUCUUGGAAUGGGCAGUGGGAAAUGAAGAAUGGGUUUGGUGGGCAUUUUCGGUAUGAGGUCAAAGGUAGGGAGGAUAGGUGUAACGGUGGACGCGGUGAUGGGUAUAAUGGGUAUGAAUGGGUAUCGGCAUCAUUGGUGAUAUGGAUAGUGAAAGGUGAUGAAGGAAAUGGGCUUGAUAGAUGUGGAAGCAAGGAUAUGAACAACAUGGGAGAAUGCAGGCAGGGAAUCAGUGGACUGGAUGAUGGAGUUUAG